AUGGGCAACAAUCCAUUUGACAGACGCCAUGGCCAAGACUCUUCUUCUUCUCAGCCAUCGCAUCUGAGUCCCGAUACCCCGACUCGCUCGGCAUCCACUCGGAGCCGCUCCCCCUCCGGCUUCUCCCUGCGCAGAUCCCUCAGCGGGCGCAGCAGCCAGGAACCCGGCGAGAACCGGCAACCCCGCUCGUCGUUCUUCGGCGGCAUGUUCUCCUCCAGUUCGCGCCCCACAGCAGCAGCCCGCGCGGAAAGUCCACCGCCCCCCUAUUCCGAGAACGCCAGCGGCUCCUCGGCAGCGUCCAGCAGAUCGCAGCCCCUAUCCUCACCAGUGCUACCGCCAGCCCCACCAUCCACGUUCCCCUAUUCCCCCGACACUGUCGGCUCCGUCUCCAAUCCCACCGCCAACUUGAACACAGGCACCACAACCCCAACCCCAACCGCCGCCGACGACGACCAAUACGCCUUCCUCGCCGAAUUCAACACCAUCUUCCUGAUCGACGACUCGGCCUCGAUGGCGACGGAGAACCGGUGGGCGGAGACGCGGCGGGCCGUCUCCUCCCUCCUGCCCGUCUGCGUCGCCCGCGACCGCGACGGCGUCGACGUCUACUUCCUCAACCACACGACCCCCGACCGCGGGGACCCCGCGCGCGGCGCCUGCGGCGGCGGGUACCGCAACGUCACGAGCGCCGCCGCCGUCGACGCGCUGUUCGCGACCGCCGUGAGGCCGCGCAGCGCGACGCCGACGGGGCUGAGGCUGGACCGGAUUCUGCGCGCGUAUCUGCGCGCGUACGAGGAGGGGGUUAGGAGAGGGGCUGGUGCUGGUGCUGGUGCUGGUGCUGGUGGCGGCGAGGACGGCGCGUACUGCCUCCCGCCCAUCAACAUCAUCGUCGUGACGGACGGCGAAGCGACCGACGAGCCCGGGGAAGUGAUCGCGCAGGCGGCCCGCAGGCUCGACGCGCUGUCCGCGCCGCCGCACCAGAUCGGGAUCCAGUUCUUCCAGGUCGGGCGGGACCCGCAUGCCACCAGGGCGCUGCAGGAGCUGGACGAUGAGCUGUGUCGCCGGGAGGGGAUACGCGAUAUGGUCGACACGGCGACGUUCAAUGGCGCGAGUAAGCGGGAUCUGCCGACGCUGACGGCGGAUGGGAUUUUGAAGGUGGUGCUGGGCGCGGUGAAGAGGAAGUUGGAUCGCAAGGUUAUGGUGAGGGUUGAUGGUGGGAGUGGUGGGAGUGGGAGUGGGAGUGGUGGUAGGGGGGCAAGACGGUGA